GGGAAGCAGUGGUGCCCCGGGCAGCAUGAAAGGGCUCUUUCACGGGCCUCUGGGGCAGUGACGCCGGAGAGCGGCAGGCAGGCAGCAGCGCCCGACCGCGAGAUGGCUCUGGCACGGAUGGUGGCCCCUGGCCUCCUGCUCCUCCUGGGGCUGCCUGUGGGGACCUGGCCCGGCCUGGGGCUGCCCCGACGGCCCUGUGUGCAGUGCUGCCGCCCGGCCUGGCCCCCCGGCCCCCAAGCCCGCAGGCGCGACCCGGAGCAGUGGGCGCAGCUGCCUCAUCUGCGGCCUACCAUCGACAUCUCAAUUCUCAAAGGUGAGAAGGGCGAGGCGGGGGUCAGAGGCCCCUCCGGCCGGAGCGGGAAGGAGGGCCCGCCGGGCUCCCGGGGCCUUUGGGGCCGCAAGGGCCAGAAGGGGCAGGUGGGGCUGCCCGGAGCCCCCUGUCGGCGUGCCUCCGCGGCCUUCUCAGUGGGCCGGCGCGAGGGCCUGCACAGUGCUGAGGGCCUGCAGGCCGUGCCCUUCGAUACGGAGCUGGUGAACCUGGACGGGGCCUUCGACCUGGCUUCGGGCCGCUUCCUGUGUGCCGUGCCUGGCGUCUACUUCCUGAGCCUCAACGUGCACACCUGGAGCUACAAGGAGACCUACCUGCACAUCAUGUGCAACCGGGAGGCCGCCGCCGUGCUGUGCGCGCAGCCGGGCGAGCGCAGCGCCAUGCAGGCCCAGAGCCUGCUGCUGCCGCUGGCCGCCGGGGACGCCGUCUGGGUGCGCCUGGUCCACCGGGACCGCGACAACGCCAUCUACGGCGAGCACGGCGACCUCUACAUCACCUUCAGCGGCCACCUGGUCCAGCCGGCCACAGAGCUCUAG